CGAGUUGCAAAUUUCUGCUGUCAACAGAGAGGAUGGUCGCUUGCGGGGAACUUAUUAAAUUCUGAUGGAGAUGCAGUCCGCAGAGAUCUUAUUGCCAUGUACAAAGAUGUCGACCGACUCUACAUGUGGACCAGUCUAAACGACUUUUGUUCUGACCGCGACUUUCGCUGGGUGUGUGGUCGUGGCGAAACGAACGCGUCGAAAUGGAGGGACGCCAAUCCGGAUAAUUAUGGGCUAAACGAAGAUUGCGGACAAUUUUAUUUUAAGUGAUCAAUAAACAAUAAAUUAUAAACUUAUAAACAAUAAACAAUAAAAAUUGAUAACAAUAAACAGGGAUGCCAUCCGAUAAAGAAGAAAUUUUCUAUGCAAAUGAUCUCUACUGCGAUGACAAGAUGAAUUAUCUCUGUGAUGUUAACCCCCCUUGCCCACCAAACGAACAGUAUCAUUGCCCAUACAAAGGACUGCGCGUCAUGAAUCCGGAAGAUGAUGUUGAUGAAGACGCUGAUUUAUGCAAGUUUGUAAAAUACCAACAGAUCCUGGAUACGCCUCUCGCGACGUAUUAUAAAAGCGAUACGGAUUUAACGUGGGUGGGUGCCAUGAAUUGUUUGAAGAAAAACAAUUUCACUCCAGCCUCAUAUCAGGACGAGGAGGACAUUGAAUUUUUCAAUGAAUACAUUCCUGAAGAAUCCACCGACCCCAAGAACCCCUUUGAGGCUUGGAAUACCGCCUCUUCAUGGCGAAGGGGAGGUCGUGGCGAUAUUCUGAAGUGGGAGGACGGCUCCACCGUGAAUGAUGCUCACCUUAUCGAAUUUCACACUCAUGAUGAAAUUGAUCCCGUUUGCGGAAAGACGAUGCAACACUUGGGCGAGGUGGGAAUCAUGUCGGAAAAUUGUUUGAGAAGAUUGAAAUUCUUUUACAAAAUAAGGAAAGCCUCCGUCCCGGAUAUUUUGGCCAUACAGAUCUGUCCGAGACACGCCGUCAUGAAAUCAUUCUACUCUCUCUGCAACGCAACUCUGGUCACUGUAAAUCCCAAAUCAAAAAAUGACACCAGGAAUUCUACCAUAUUCUUCCCCAAAGCAAAUUUCCAAACCCUAUCAAAAAUCAGAUUUCAGAACAAACUCCUUAAAAAUAUUGUCGUUGAUUUCAACCUGAACGGAGAUCACCUUCCCAGCGUUUACGCGCACCACCCGCAUCGUGCUUUUAAAUUAUUAUCCCUGUCAAGCGCAAUUUAUAUCAAAUUAUGUCCCAAAGUAAAUCCUGACCUUAUUGUGAGUGCGUUUCGAUAUUUCCAUUAUUUGGACUUUGUCACGUCUCAGAAGAGGACGGAACUCGUGUCAGCACCAGAUUACAAGUGGAUUAACAGAUUAUUGCAUGAAUGCUUGGUUAAUUCGACAAGUUUUCGGUAUCGCACUGACCGACGAACUGAUAAUUGCUCGGAACAAAUGUCCUCAGUAUUUGUGUGUCAAAAGGAGCAACCAGUUUAACAUUCGGGAGAAAGAUCCAUUAUUGGAAAUUUUGUGGAAAGUAGUCGAGUUUGUGCAAAAUGCUUGUUUCUCCUACUUUGAAGAAGGCUACAGCUACAGAAUGUUUCAUCGAUUUGGAAACGCAUUAGUAGAUUUGUGGACGAGCCCUGAUAUUCGGAUAAGAUGGUUCAAUCAGAUAGAAUCCCACAGAUUUUGGGAACGCGUGCUGGGGCCUUUGUACGAAGUGGAUCUUCUCAACAUGGAUAAAUGUAAUUUCGCCGUAGUUUCCAAGAAUUUAAAUGUUCGCCUCCUUCCAGAAAAUAUUCCUAAUAAUGCGAGAUUGUUGGGAAGUAGGGCAGUUGACAGGGAACCAGAAGAUGAUUAAGCAAUAGAAAAUGUAUUUAUGUAAAUAUUUGAAUGAUAUAGUUUCUCAUAAAAAUAAAUAGUAACAAAAUUUGCAUUA